CCCGCUGGCGUAGAAGAGCCCCAGAACUCUGCCCUUGGGGCCUUUAGCAUCGGCAGUGUCUCCCACCCGUAGCUCCCUCUCUCCAGCCACCUCCAGCUCUCGUGGCCCCGGGCUGCGGCUCCCGGCGCCUGAGGUCUGUCUCCGCGCAAUCCCGCAGGGGGCGCCCCAGUCCGAGCGCGCCGCCCUCGGGGAGGCGGGAGGGGAGCCCGGGGCGGGAGAGGGCGGGGGGCGGGGGUGUCCCAGCUAUAAAGCGUGGCCGCCUCCCGCGGCGCCCAGGACGGCUGGGACCCCGGGCGGUCGGACGGGCGGGCACCGGUCGGAACUCGGGCCGUGCCGGCUGAGAGAUCUGAAGCGCUCGGUUCCCCCCGGGCCGGAGCGGGGGCGGGAGGGGGCGCAGGCCCGGGGGAUGCUGGGCUCGGUGAAGAUGGAGGCCCAUGACCUGGCCGAGUGGAGCUACUACCCGGAGGCGGGCGAGGUCUACUCGCCGGUGACCCCAGUGCCCACCAUGGCCCCCCUCAACUCCUACAUGAGCCUGAACCCUCUGAGUGCUCCCUACCCCCCUGGGGGGCUCCCUGCCUCUCCGCUGCCCUCAGGACCCCUGGCGCCCCCAGCCCCCGCAGCACCCCUGGGGCCCACCUUCCCAGGCCUGGGUGCCAGUGGUGGCGGAGGCAGCGGCUCAGGGUAUGGGGGCCCGGGCCCGGGGCUGGUGCACGGGAAGGAGAUGCCGAAAGGGUACCGGCGGCCACUGGCCCAUGCCAAGCCGCCAUAUUCCUACAUCUCGCUCAUCACCAUGGCCAUCCAGCAGGCGCCGGGCAAGAUGCUGACCCUGAGCGAGAUCUACCAGUGGAUCAUGGACCUCUUCCCCUACUACCGGGAGAACCAGCAACGCUGGCAGAACUCCAUCCGCCACUCACUGUCUUUCAACGACUGCUUUGUCAAGGUGGCGCGCUCCCCAGACAAGCCGGGCAAGGGCUCCUACUGGGCCCUGCACCCCAGCUCAGGGAACAUGUUUGAGAACGGCUGUUACCUGCGCCGCCAGAAGCGCUUCAAGCUAGAGGAGAAGGUGAAGAAAGGGGCUGGCGGGACCUCCACCUCCAGGAACAGUGCAGGGGCGGCUGCCUCGGCCGCCGCCCCUGCCGCCACGAUCACCUCUCCCCCACAGCCCCAGCCUCCACCCCCUGAGCCGGAGGCCCAGGGCGGGGAAGACGUGGGGGCUCUGGACUGUGGCUCACCCCCUUCCUCCACGCCCUAUUUCACUGGCCUGGAGCUCCCCGGGGAGCUGAAGCUGGAUGCCCCCUACAACUUCAACCACCCUUUCUCCAUCAACAACCUGAUGUCGGAACAGACACCAGCACCUCCUAAACUGGACGUGGGGUUUGGGGGCUAUGGGGCAGAGGUGGGGGAGCCUGGGGUCUACUACCAGGGUGUCUAUUCCCGCUCUCUGCUUAACGCGUCCUAGCAGGGGUGUGGGAGUGCGGUGGGCGGGGUAUGACUGUAGCUCACACCAUCAGGCGCUUGGGGCCUGAUCCUCCUGGUGACACUUGGCUCGUCCCGUCAGUUACCAUCUUGGUUGGUCUAUUACUGCGGUGACUGCUGUCUCUGGAGGCUCGGGCCAAUCCUUUGGGUACUGUGAUAACUGCUGUUGACAUCUUGGCGGGCCCACUGGGUACUACAAAGACUGCCAUGUCCAUUGAUGUUAUUCGUCCAUCUCUUGGGUGCUCUGAUGGCCACCACCCGGGAUGACAUCUUAGUUGGCCCUUUGGACAUGGUGAUGGACAUCCUCUUGACUAAUCCUUUGGAUGUGAUGGUAAUACCAUUCCAAUGACAUCUUCUUUGGCCCGUUGGGUGCUGUGCUCACUUCUUUUUUGGGGGGCUUCUUGGCAUGGUAGAUGCCGAGUUGGCCACCAUCCUGCACAACAUCUCUUUCUUGGGCACGUUGGGUGCUAUGAUGAACACCAUCUUGGUGGGCUGACAUAACCGGUGUACCGUUGUCCACUGUGAUAGCUACCAUAGCCCCUGGGUUGGCCAUUGUCAUCCCCGUCUCUUUGGUGUGAGUUGAGUGAGGGAUGGAAGUGUGAAUACUCCUUGUUUUUUUCUGGAGCCCAUUCCCCUCUCUGGUCCAGGAGAAACCAGAAAGGACUGGCUAGGGUAUGGGGAAUUUCUACUGAAGUCUGGUUCUUGCCUGGGAAGCGGGAUACUGGCUGUGUUUGACCAUUAAAGGCACUGUUUUUGCCUCUCCCUGAACGUCUCUUUUCCUUGGAGGGUGGGCCCUGCGGGGCUUGAACACCUGAAUUGCAGUGUCCCUGUCCCCUCUCCCGCCUGACCCCAAGAGCUAGCUGCCUCUGGGGGAGGGGUUGGGGGAGGCAUCGACCUGACCUUUGGCUCUUCGCUGUCCCUGACCCCAAGGACAGUUUGCUCACAGAUAGCAGCCCCUGCAGCAGUGGGGCCAGGGCGGCUGGGAGAGGAGACUCUGCAGUGACCAAGGCCAUCUCCCCACCCCCACUCCCCAGACACACACCUCUAACUCUGAGGCCCAAGGAGCCAGGGACUGCUCAACUUUUGGUUAAGCUGGGGAGGAGGGGAAGGCACAAACCAGGUGUUAAUUGAAGGAGAUGGGGUGUGUGUGUGUGUGUGUGUGUUGGGGGGGUAGGCCUCCAUUGGUCAUAGGAUAUCACUGUGCCCACUGGGGUCUCUGUGGCCUGCCCCUUAUUCCCUCCGGUUUGUAUCCCUCCAUUGUGUGGGUCUGCAUGUCUGUUCACACUCUGAGUGCUACCUGUGGGUCCUGGGAUCUCUUAUUGUUUAGUGUGUGUGGUUCUCUUUGUCCGCCUACCCGUGGGUCCUUGUGGGUCUCCCACUAUUAGGCGCAGGUCUCUGUGUCCAUUUGUCUGCAUACCCAUCGCCUCAAGGAGUCUGUGUGGGGCUCAAUCCGCAUCGAAGGCCUGCCUGUCGCUGUUCUGUGAGUCAGCAUCCGCCCAUAUGUUUCAAAUGUUUCAAAGAGUCUGCCUGCGCUUGACAAUGCCUGUCACCGUUGCGUGGAGGGUUGGUUGUCACUUCUGCAGGCAGGUGUGUGGGGAAGGAGUUCGGUCCUCCUUGGGCGGCUUUGGGCCUCUGGGGUUACUGUCUGAGUGUCUCUGUUCCUCCGGGGCUCUCCCUAGGCUCUGAGUCUGGAGUCAGGUGCUCAGAUGUUCUGAGCGCAUGGCUUUUGGGGUGGGCGGUGGGGGGGGAGACAGUGAGCAGAAGCUGAGGCUCAGGAGGGAAAGGGACUGGGCCAGGGUCAUUUGGCCAGGUGAGGGCAGGUGGACGGGUUUGGUCUUAUUUUGUCUUUUCCUUAUUUGGGGUUUGCCUUUCUUGGUCCUUGGUUCUCCAGAGGCUCAUUCAUUUGUUCAUCAGACCAAGGGCUGCCUGUUUACGUGUGUGCGUGUGCGUGUGUGUGUGUGUGAGUUGUCUACCCCAGUUUCUGUGUGUCCAUCUUUCUGUCUCUUUAGUGUCAUCUCUCUGUGGCACUCUGUCCUUAGCUCUCUCUCUGGGUCUUUGUCUCCUGGCUUUUUUGAAAACCUUUGCUCAUCCUCUGUAGUCUAUCUCUUAUGCCGUCCGCCUUGUGCUUUCUCUCUCUUUCACUCUGUUGCUUUGACUCUGUCCCUCCUUCCCUCUCUCUGGGCUCUGGAUGUCUCUGUCCUCCUCUUGGGGACUGUGACUCCUUUCUGGGGUCUUCCUCCCUGCCCCCCCCAACAGCUUUGGAUCUCUGGCCUCACUCCUCCUUCUCUGGUCUUCAGCUCCCUGAGUUUCUGCCUC